GGAGCAGCUGCCGCUGGAGUCCAUGGCGUACACUGUGAGUCCCGCGCCGGCGGGGCCCGUCGGCUCCCAGUACUGCGUCUGCAAAGUCGAGCUGUCCAUCUGCGGCCAAAACCUUCUGGACAGGGACGUCACUUCCAAAUCCGACCCCUUCUGUGUCCUCUUCAUGGAAGUCGAUGGGAAGUGGGUGGAGCUUGACAGGACAGAGACGGCCGUGAACAACCUCAACCCGGCUUUCGCCAAGAAGUUCAUCAUCGACUACCACUUCGAAGAAGUGCAGAAGCUCAAGUUUGCCCUCUUUGACCAGGACAAGUCGAGCACGCAGCUGUACGAGCAUGACUUCCUGGGCGAGUUCUCCUGCACGCUGGGCAUGAUCGUCUCCAGCAAGAAAAUAACAAGGACCCUCCUUCUGGGGAACGGCAAGCCAGCCGGGAAGGGCAUGAUAACGAUAGCUGCUCAGGAGCUCUCGGACAACAGGGUGAUUACCCUGAGCAUGGCUGGCAGGAAACUGGAUAAAAAGGACCUGUUUGGCAAGUCAGACCCUUUCCUGGAGUUUUAUAAACCAGGCGACGAUGGGAAAUGGAUGCUGGUCCACAGAACGGAGGUGAUCAAGUACACGCUGGACCCCGUCUGGAAGCCGUUCACUGUGCCUUUGGUGUCACUGUGCGAUGGAGACGUGGAGAAGCUUAUAAAGGUGAUAUGCUACGACUACGACAGCGAUGGGGGACACGACUUCAUCGGGGAGUUUCAGACCUCGGUGGCCAGGAUGUGCGAAGCCCAAGAUGCUUUGCCGCUCGAGCUGGAGUGCAUUAACCCCAAAAAGCAGAAGAAGAAAAAGAAUUACAAGAACUCCGGGAUCAUCAUUGUCAAGUCCUGCAAA